AUGGAGAGGGCUCCUUCUGAAGGCAAGUGCGUGGACGUGUGGGCGCCCGGGGAGGACAUAAUCUCGGCAUCCCGCCGAUCGGACAGCGCCACAGAGUUUCGGUCGGGCACAUCUCAAGCGGUGCCCUUCGUUGCCGGCACCGCCGCUCUGUACCUGCAGAAUGCCAGCGACGCGACACCGGCGGAGAUAGCGGGAGUGCUGACUGCGUCGGGCAUCUGGGGCGUUGUGUACGAGCCGGCCGAGAGCGGGCCCUUCAACGCGCAUGUGCUCGAUGACUCGCCGCCGAUAUUAGUCAACAUCGACAUGUUCAACGCGCUGCGCGCCAGCCCCGAAUCCUUCACCGUCGCCGGCGGCGAGGCCGGCUUCGGGCCGACCGCCGUCAAUGUCUCGCUCGCUGAGGCCGGCUUCGAGCCGCCCGCCGUCAAUGUGUCCCUGGCCGAGGCACCGAGUGGCAUAGUGUACGCUGUUGUGAACGUGUCAGAGCCAUCGCGCGCCACGGUCUACCCUGGCGAGCUCUCCUUCACCCCCAAAAACUGGGCGGACCCCAAGGUGCUGUGGGUGAGCGUGGGCGCGGCCGCCUGGCUGACAACGGACAGCGACCAGUUCUACAUCGACAUGGCGCUGCGAAGCAACGACUCGCGCUACGACGGCAAGCGGCCCCGGCUGCGGGUGAUUGACAAGAAGGGGGAUGCUUUGGAGUACCCCAAGGUGAUCCAGACGCUGCCCUUCUGGGACAGCGCCAACACAUACUUCUUCAACGAUGACUACACCCUCAACUGCCCGGGGGAAUACACCGACCAGGGCGGCGGCAAGGCGCAACAGGACGCGCGGAUCACCAUAUCUCUCUGCGCCUCGGCCGCGCACUCGGACGCAUUCGACACAAAACUUUAUGUCGUCGCGGAUCUGCUGUCGCCAUCAGGCGCCCGCCUGACGCCCAUUUCCUGCAACGACGACUUCUGCGGCUACCAAUCGCAGGUCACGCCGCACAUCAUCAUCUAA